UAAACAGAGCGAAGCUGCCGAAACCAAAUUUGAUCAAACUUGUUAGCCAGACGCCAUAUUUUUGUAAUUUGACGAUGGAAAGAACAUAGUAAGGAAAUUAUUUCCACAGAAAACUCCAUUCCAACACAUUACAGCUGAGAAAAAGCUGGUGUUCAAGAAAGUUGUGUAGAGUUUUUAUCAUAAAAUGACGAUUUUACCGAAAAAGAAAACAACUAAAGACAAGAAUGAAGAACCAUCAGACCAUUCUAAAGGACAUCAUCCAUCUACCCCAGAAAGUCGACACGAUAAAGUAAAUCGGACUCGAAACUCUCCCACAAGAUGGCUUCCUUCAACAUCUAGAGACGAUAAUACCUCCACACUAGAGGCAGGUUGUUCAUACGAAGGACAUGAGCCUGCCCCUAGUCAUAAUAAGCGACGACACAGGUCUUCGCCCCAUCGAAACGUCCGGAAACAUCGGGGUCACGGUCAGGGAGGAGGUGCAAGCCCGUCCCAGGAGUACGAUGAGGAGGGUUACAACAGUGAGGACGAGUACAAUCCUCCCUCGUACCCCACUGAUAACAUAGAAGAGCUGGAAAGAUUUUUUGAUGCAACAAUGAAAGAUAAAAAGGGAUGGGUCAUAAAGAAAAUGGCUGAGGAUGGAGCCUGUCUGUUCAGGGCAGUUGCUGACCAGGUAUAUGGGGACCAAGAGAUGCACACUGUUGUCAGGAAACUAUGUGUAGAUUACAUGGGCAAAAAUGAAGAUUAUUUUUCACAAUAUAUCACUGAAGAUUUCAACACAUAUCUAAACCGCAAGAAAAUGGACCAUUGCCAUGGAAACCAUGUUGAAAUGCAAGCUAUAUCAGAAGUCUUCAAUAGGCCCAUUGAAGUUUACCAGUAUAGUAUAGAACCAAUCAAUACAUUUAGCUGUACAUACAAAACAGAGAAUGAACCAAUCCGGAUUAGUUAUCACAAAAACACCCACUACAACUCAUGUGUGGACCCAUGCAAGGCCACCAUCGGGGUGGGUCUGGGACUGCCAGGCUUCCAGCCAGGGCUGGCAGAUAAGAAUCUUAUGGGGGAUGCAGUUAAACAAUCAGAAAAAUUUCAUUUAGAAAAGUGUAUGUUGGAGGACAAGCUUCGUGAGACUGACUGGGAGGUGACCCAGGAGACCAUAGAGGAGCAAGUGGCCAGGGAGUCCUACCUACAGUGGCUCCGAGACAAUGAGACUCAAGCACGCAGACAGGACACACCCAAGUCCGCGAGUGCAACAUGUAGUUCUUCCUCUGAUGCUAUGUAUAUGAAUACUCCUGCUGAGCUGAGAGUUGGACGUUCACCACGGGCAAGAAGUAACCCCAAUUCAGCACAAAACAGUCCCCAGCGACCUGAAGGGCUUGACCAGGCCUCACCAAAACCUACACUGCCUACCCCUGGUGCAGGAUCUCCUCAGCCCCAGAGUGAUCACUCUGUAUUAGGGGCCACAGCUGGACCUGUACAAGGUGCUGUGGGAGGGAACCCCAACUUUAAAGAAACCAGUUCACUCAUGAACCAGUACCCAUCUAACAUGUUUGGUUACCCAGAGUGGAACGAGGAUGACAUUCUAGCCCAAGUGAUGGCUCAGUCCCAGCAAGAAUACUUCGACUCGUUGAAGAAAAAUGCAGCUGCUUCCUCUUCAGUCUCCUCUUCCUCCUCGACCUUCCUCACCACAUCUUCAUCGCCAUCAUGGUCCGGCCCCAGCGGCAGUGGUCUGACUUUCAUGAGUAAUCCUUCAAGUUACCAGGGGCCCAACAGCUAACAUAUACCCCAAGGACUUGUUAGGAUUAGUCAAUUAUUUCAUUUGUUUAGUUGAUGUCCAAUGUAUAUGAUCAGAUUUCAUUUAUCCCUUUUUUUAGCAAACAGUUUUAAAAAACAUAUUUUUGAAAAAGAAACACUCAAACUCCAGUUAGAAUUUUCGAAAAGAUUUGAUGUUGAUGCUCUCCAUUUUGUAAAAUAUCUCUUCAGAGAAGGUUCAAGUGAGAACACCACACCUAAUAUUUGUAAAAAGAAAUUGUGGCUAAGGUAGCAGGUAAACCACUCCGUUUAUACAUUUUGAAUUGUGAAAAAUAUAUCUGUUUUGCAUUUUCAUUCUGUAUGCACAUAUCCAGUCAUAGAUUUAUUGAGUGCAAAUAUCAGUGAACAGUUUGGAUGUUGUCUCAAACACACAAAUCCGUUUUUUAGCUCACCUGACCUUAAAUGAGCUUAUGCCGUGGUAAAGCGUUUUGUGAUCUUCUCAUUUAAAAGACUACUAGUCAAGAAUAGCUCAAUGGAUUUAAACUAAAUUUAGUGUGGAGUCUUAACAUCCUCAACCCAAGACUAUAGGACAUAAAUUCAUUUUAACAACAGGUGUGGUCCCCCUGGUGAAAAUGGACAGGGUCCAGUUGGGGGGAAAAUGGGUAAACCCGUAAAACUCCUUCUACUUCGGUACAUGUGAAGGGAUCUUGUAUAGAACAUAUUAAGUUCAAAAGGGCUCUGUAGUCCGACACAAGACUGGACAUAACACAUAAAAGUGAAAAUAGACUACACCCAUUAACAUGGUAAUGGUGAUCAUAGGAUUUUAGUCCUAAUAGAGGAAUAAAGGUAAUGUUUUAAAGACUUUAUUACUACAAUAUUUAUAACUAUGAUUUUUCUCAACUUAUACCAUUUUUCUCUUAUAGAUAUUUUGUAUUCAUUUGAAUCUACUAAGAGCAGUAGAGCUAUUCAGGCCCCUAGGCAUCCUGUCACAGUAAAAGGAUGAAAUAUUAAAUUCAGAAACUACAACUGUAUCUUGAAACAAAUUGGUUCAAACUAUACUUUAUUAGUUAUAUGUCUUGUUGAGAAUUUCUCAGACAUCCCAACUACAAUAUAAAGGUGUUUUUUUAGCAUAUGUACCUAUCAAGUUUUCAGUUUUAAAGCUGGGAAGUGUGGAUGAAAAUUAAUAGACGCUAUAACUGCUGAUGAAUACCUGUUUUUGUACCAGACUCGUUGAGUGUUCUAAAUUUUAAUUGAAAAUUUGGAUGUGAAUUUCUUUGCAAUGUUAGUUUCUUUGACAUUGCUGCCAUUGUUGUUACGAUGUACUCAAUCAAAGGGAGGUAAGUCUGUAUAUUUAUAAACACUCUUGAAAAUGAGGAUUUUUUCUCUAAUAGUAAUUUGUUUUUCAGUUAAUUCUUUGGAAGAUUAUAUUGGGUCCUGAAGUUUUUCAUUAAAUACAGCAUGUUUUGUACAAUGCUGAUUGCUAUAUAUCUGUUAACCCUGCCCCCACCCCUACCCCAGCAAGAAUGAAAAGUUAACAUUACAAGGAGAGUCAUAACAAAAAGGACAUCAUUAAUAAUAUAAAGUCACACAAGUUGGAGUUGUUUAAGAUUUUUUUUGUAUUUUCAAGUCUUCUGAUUGGGCAAAACGUGAGCCUGUGCAAAAUAUUAAUCUGUUACAGUUGAACCUUGUUCAACCGUUUUUCUUUGAUUCAAGCGCUUGUGGCAAUUUUUUUAUUUUCAUAGACACAAACCGUAAUCAUAUAGUUGAAUCUGACAAUAUUUAGUGUUACCCCAAACCUAAUAAACACAUGUAUCCCAUUAAGGGUCAUUUGCAAAGUAUACAAUCUAUAAAAUUAUUAAAGAAAUAUAAAUGAUCUGCAAAAAUCCUGUUUUGUUUGUCUGGAAUUUGUUUAAUCUGGUAAUUUUCUCAAGAAUAAUAAAGUUGAUAUGUAUAUAUUUUCCAUACAUAAAUGAUAUUAUCUUUUUUUCCGCAAAAAAAAGGUUUGGGUAAUGUAAAACUGGAAUACUUUUGACCGUUUGUUCUGUAACAGGUUUAUGUAUGUAGUAAUGUUAGUUUACCACUGCUAUGUAAAUACAUUCUUCAAGUUUAUCAUCAGCUGAAGAGAUUUACAACAACCUGUAUCUGCAUUUAUACUUAUGCAUGCUUCAGACUGUAUCUGUGUGAGAAUGAAUUCACUUCGUCUGUUUCUGACUCUGUCUGUUGGUGAAAGGGUGAAAUAUUUUUGUGUUUAUUGACUGUGUAUAGACGAAAUAACUACCUGUUUCUUCGCUGUGUCUCAGAGCAGCAAUGAAAUAGGUUUGUGUGUUUCGUGACUGUGUUUAUGUGAAUGUUAGGAUAAAAAGUCUUCAUAACAAGAGUAGAGGGUUGAUUGAGCCCAUCGUCUGAUCAUGGUGAUGAGUGAGUACCGAAGCGAAAUCAACCGUGGGUAUCCGACGAUGGAUUGAGCCUUUUAAGUCAGCAUAUAAAGGCAUCCCAAAUUGUUAGCCUGUACAUGAUCAUUCUGCUAUUUUGGAUAUUAAAAUUAGCAUUCAGAGAGAAAUAUUGUGAUGAUUAGAUAUAGAUUAGCACUGUCACUCUACAUAAAGAGAGAGAAAGGUAUAUUUCCAUAUGCUCUAUAUAUUUCCAAUAUUCGUAAUUCAACAUUUCUAGUAAAGUACUACAUACCCAACUACACGUAUCUCAAAAUAGUUCAUUAAAGUAGUAUCACACAACUUAUAAACAUAAAACAUUUCCAAUGAAAUAACACUACAUCCCAAACAAUCUCAGAACCUUAACUUGAACACUGCUGGAAUUUGUACUUGUUUUAUAUUACUGUGAAAAUAGCACCGCACCUAUCAAAGAUAUAUGUGAUGUACACAUUUCAAAUCUUAACAUUUAAAAAAAUAUAACCACCUAUGUAGAAUACGAGCGGUUCAAGAUGAGUGUAUAUGACACGGGAAUAACAAAGUUCCACUCGAUCAGACAUUUUCCUGCAGUGCAGGUUUAUAUUGUAUAUCCUACACUGACUACAUUUACUACUUGUUAGACUAGGCACCCAACACAUAGUCGUUUUUAAAGCUUUCCUAAGUUCUGGCUCUUCAAUUUUUGACGGAUCUGUUGAUAAUAAUCCACAAAGUGAGAUAGAAAUAGAAUCUGAUAUAUGGUGACUUUACAAAGUCAUUGUUAUAUCUUAAGUUAUUUUGAUUAUUUCCAAAUUUAUUUUGUAUUUAUUGCCAAACAGUCGGUGAAAGCUGAUGAAUUCUGAUUAUUUGUCAAAAUAUAUCCUGUUUAACAGUAUGCAAGUGCUAAUUACAAUUGUAUAAUGUUUAUACAAUGUUGAAAUGUAUGAUUUAAAUUGUCAUUUUGUUGUAUGGAUACAUGUGAAUUUAAUUAUAUUACAGUACUCAAACCUUUGAUCGUGUGCUUUAGUCUUUUCAUAUUAAUUUAGUAAAAUUCUGUUGCAUGCAGUUACAGAGUUUGAUGAAAAUGGUACAAAUAUCAGCUAUAACACUGUCAUUUUCUAAUGAUUGAGUGGCAGACAUUUCCGCAAAAAUGUUGAGAGAUUGGACACAAGGAUAGAGUGCUUAUUUUACUAAUUAGGUGUGAGUGUGGCCCCAUCCCCCUUGCUGUUUAUAGGAUUUGUUUUAUCAUUUCUAACUGAUGGUUUCUCUGUAAUCAUAUUUGUCUUUGAUCAGUUUUAAUUGUCUUGUUUAUUUCUUUGUAUGUUUGAUAAUGCUAUGUAGUCGCUAAAUUUUAAUAAUUCUGUGAAUUUUCCCAUUUAGCAUGCUAUGUAUGUUGGCAACCAUUGGCAAGGUUGGGUAUAGAAAUUUUUUUGGUGAUUAUAAAUGUGAAGUAUUUAAAAGUUUUACGUCCUUACUGUGGUUAAAUGUUUCUUUAUGUUUACAAGAACUAUUUAUUUUGAAUGUGUGAUAUAUACAGAGCCAGCCAUCCCCUAAUACAGCACAUAGAUCAAACCAACACUGCUGCAUGCUCCUCUUUGUGUUUUAAUCAGUUUUGCCACCCGAUAUAUUAUACCUGUGAUUGCGUUUGAUCCAUCUCGGUUCACUCAUUGAGUAAUUGUCCUACUACAGUGUUAUCGUUGCAUACCUUUUUUUGAGACUUUAACACAUUGUCAGUUAAGCAAAACAUUACCAGUCAUAGGUAUAUGUUACAGGUUUUAGAACAUUUCAAGCUUUUAUAUUUUUUGGAAGGUCAAUUGGUAUCGCUGUACGAUAGUAAAAUCCUUUUUCAAAUGUAAACAUCAUUAAUAUUUUUGGUAAAAUGCUGAAUUUGUAGCAAUAACAAAGAGGGAGGCAACUCUGGAUGCUAGUAUUCACUUGUCACUUGCAACCAGUUGAGGUUUUAAACUAAACAUUGUAAAUCCAUGAUGUGCUGUUUGUGGAAGGUGGCUGUUUUUUCUGAUAUCUGUGAUCAUUCAAGUCUGGCUUGAGUUAUCAGUGCUAUUUUUGAUAGGUCCGACAGGGAACAACUACAAUGUUGGGUGAUAUUUGGUUAAAUCACAUAGUUAGAACUUUACUUGAUAAAUGAGUAACUUAUGUCUGUACCACCAAUUUUCUUGGAGCUCAGCUUGCACCAUCUUAUUAGUUGAGUUGUUUCCUUGCUGCUUUUGCAACAUGGUACUACAGUUAUGUUUGCUUGUAAUAUAUAAUUUCCUUGACUUGGCAAUGAAAGUUUACAACAAAAUUAGGAAGCUGGUUUUUGAUGAAUUCAAUUUUAACUUACUGGAUGUAAAAAAAAUCUACAAUAUAGACAAAAAAUGAAAUUGUUUUUGUCUCAUGAACUACUGUAUAUAUAUAUUGAAUAUAAUUUGAAUGUCUUUUGUUCAACUAUUGUUUUUUCGCAGGUUUUACAAAGGAAAUAAAUUUGACACAUGCCCUUGUGGUUACACAUAUUCUCAAGAUUGGUUUGAACUACCCAAUGCAUUUCUUUUAAUAUUGUAUACUCUUGCAUGUUCACGAGAUAUGUUUAUGAUCCAUGAUGGAAGGGUAGGAUUGUGUCCCCUGUCGGCCAGUCAGUGACAGCCAUGUUUUGUAUGUGGACAUGUGUCCAUUUGUAUUUGUUACUUCCCACAGAGUCGGGCACGGUGGGAUAAAACUGUUAGAAAGCAAUCUAUGUCACUUAAUCAUGUACUGAGGACAAAUAAAGUUCACAUUUCAGUA